CCCUCCCUCUUCCCCACCCCGGCGCGCGCUCGCCCUUGCCCUAAACGCAGGGGCGGUGAAACCUCUCUCCCCAGCGACUGCGGCGUUUCUUCGGCGAACGACGGCAGCGGCGGCGUUUUCCUCUCCAUCGGCGAACGGCGGCAGUCUCUCCCCUCCCGGCGCUCGGACGAGGUGUUUCGAUGAAGCAUUGCCCGAGCACUCGCCUGAGCCCAGGCGCCUUGGGCAAGCACCCAAGUUAAGUUGGAUCAGGGUUCAAGGCUGGGUUCGAUUGGACGAGCAAGUUGGUUCAAUCAAACCAACUAAUGUACCCUAAUACAAAACUCGCUCCCUCGCCCAAAACCGCACUACCAAGUGAGACAAAUCCGUAGUGAAACCCUACAUCCGCCGUUGCCUUCAUCCAUAGCUUCGUUCGUCGCCCUCUCCACUCAUCUUCUUCCACAGAUGUGAAAGACACUGUGGUUUGACUAUAAGGUGGUGGGUCACAAAAAUUCAGUGAGCCUCAUGGGUUCCCGCAUGGUCAAACCAGAAGAUGUACUCGAAUCGUUAAUGAAUGAUGGGACAAUUGAUGCCAUUAGACUGAAGAUUAUUAACCAGUUAAAGGCCAAUGAAGAGCUUAAGAAUAACACAAUCACGAUGGUUGAGCAAAGUAAGGUCCUUAAUACUCCUGGUGCAGAGAAACAGACAAAGAGAGAGUUGUUUGAUGCACUGCGGCGAGAACUAGAAACUCCGGUGCUUGAGAAGGCAUCUAGAGCUGUUUGGGAGCUAAUUGUUGACAAUAAUGGCUUGGGGAAGGAGAUCAGCGAAACCGUUGAAAGAGUAUAUUGCCGGUUAAAUGGUCGUGAGCUGCCACCACCAGUUGAGCCUUCUACAAGUGAUACUCAAGUGCCAGAGAAGGAAAAAGAAACCAUAGAGAAAAAGGGGGAGAAGGUCAAGGAGACAGAGAUGUUGGAAUCGUUGACGAGGAAAAGAACCUUCAGUGAGAUGAAUGUGCAAGAAGGAACGGAACUAGUUUCUAAUGGCACAUCCGACGACCCUCCAGUUCCUUCAGAUGAUGCUGUACUACCACAUACCAAUUCACUGGCAUGACAAGAUUCCAUUGUUGUUAUUGUCCUUGGAUCUGAGGAUUGUAGAAUAUUCAGGUAAACAUAGUUAUUUUAAGCUCUGGUGUAAGUUGCACAGAAUAGCCUUUCUCAAUUUGUGUCUAAGAACUAGUCUUUGAGAUGUAUGAUUUACUUUUGAACAUAGACUAUGGGACCUCAUAAUGGCUUUUAGUA